AUGCACCCCAACAAGAGAACGCUCGAUACAGAGGAGGGCAGCGACGAUGAAAGCAGAGGCUAUGACUCCGAGGGGGCAGAACCGCAGAAAGGAGGUCGUCGCGGUAGAGGCAGAGGGUUGAAGGUUGCGAGCAGCGAAAAGGAGAGCUUUAAUUGUGGCGAAGAGGCGCAGGUUCUGCAGGAGGAGCACUUUUGUAGUGAGCUGGAUUCCCAGAAGAGAUUGGGCAGUCUGGGGAAACCAUCCGAGUCGACAAGAAAUCCUAUCAAGCUUACCCUUGGUGCUACCGACAAGGCGAUCCAAAUGUCAGGCGUGGUCUAUAUCUCCCGUAUUCCGCCAUUCAUGAAGCUACACAAAUUACGCUCCCUUCUUGAAAAAUACGGCAUUAUCAACCGCAUAUUCUUGGCACCCGAAGAAUCUGCAGCACGCACGCGGCGGGUACGCAACAGCCGCAACAAGCGUAAGCUCUAUACAGAAGGAUGGGUAGAAUUCGUCAACAAGAAGAAUGCUAAGGAGGCGUGUGAGUUAUUGAAUACGCGGGUGAUUGGCAGAAAGAAGAGCGGCUAUUACCAUGACGAUGUGUUGAACUUGAGAUACCUGAAAAAUUUCAAAUGGAACAACCUAACAGAGCAAAUAGCAGCAGAAAACGCUGAACGAGCUUGCCGGAUGCGUGUCGAAAUCAGUAAACAAAUCAAAGAGGACAAGGAUUUUGUGCGCAAUGUUGAGAAAGGAAAAAUAAUGAAGACGAGGCAGGCUAAGGCUAUGCGGAAGGAGGGUGCUUCUUCUACCAAAGCUAUUCCGGCGCAGCGAUGGACAUUCGAUCAAAUACCUUUGGCAAAGACGAGGGCGCAAGACAAGCAGCCGGAGCAGGUUAGACGGGCCUUGGAGAUGAUUUUCUAA